UCCGCGCUGCUCCGCGACCUGUCCGCGCUCAAGGCCGCCGUCAUCGCCGCCUGCGCCCUCAGCGCCGCCCUCGUGGCCUGCCUGCUGCUGCGCCUCUGCAGGUCUGGCGAGAGGAUUAGGAAGACCCGGAAGUAUGACAUAAUCACGACUCCGGCCGAGCGGGUAGAAAUGGCUCCUCUGAAUGAAGACGAGGAUGAUGAUGAGGACUCCACGGUGUUUGAUGUGAAAUACAGGUAA